AUGGCCUUCCGUUAUGUACUGUUCAACUUACUAAUCGCAUUAUUUACUACUUUUUCAGUUGGAGCUCAUCAACCUAUACCAGAUGCAGCUCUGCAUACGAUACCCAAUUUGGUUGUUAGUUGUAGUUCCGAUUCGGACUGUGCCCCUGAUGAAUACUGCAAUAAAGUAUGCAGAUCCUUCACCGGUUGUGCUGUUGUUUGUGUGACAAAAAAGUCAAUUCCAAUUCAACAGAUGUUCGAAACAGCAAUUUUUAAACGCUUCUAUCUUACACAUCAUGUUGUACCCGUGGGAGUUGCUGAACCUCAUUGGUUGAAGAAUGAGAUGGCUGUCAUGGAAGCGCUCAAUAAUGAGUUGGCUGCAUCUGAAGACGAGAAAGACGGCUCUAGCGCAACACAACAGCUCGAAGACGAUUCCCUGCUUCCUGUAGUAUCUGAACUCAAAAAACCACUCUCAAUCACACAUGUCAAAGUAUCCGAGAGCGCAGUCUCUUCAGCACGCGCAGACCAUGUCAUUGAUGCUCACACGUCUAAAGACGAAGAUAUAGAAGCGAGCGGACUUGACUUGGAGACUGAUUCUGGAGAGGUUAUAAGCGUAGCUACAAAAGCCGAAGAGUCUUCCGCAGUUGAGGCUCAUACAGAAGCCAAUAUGGAGGAAGCAAGUGGCAAUGACCCGGAGGAUAUAACUGCCGACACAGUUCCAUCUACGGUGAGCAUGGAGAAAUUGAUCACCGAUGUUGAUGACAAUAAUAACGAAUCGGAGGCAAGUAAAUAUGUGCUCAAAGAAGAUGUGAAUGAGAUAUCGAACGUGGAGCAGUCAACAACAGAGGCAUCAGGAAUCGAUACAGAUUCGAGUGAAUAUGAAACAGCCGAAGCGAGUGGUGAAUACCUCUCUGAAGGAGUACGUGACCAGAGUCGGUUGGGAGGCAUGAAAAAGGAAGCGAACGAGCCUCUGAACGGGCAAAACUCAGUGGUGACAAGCACUGAUGUCAAUGGUGAUAGCGAUUUAGAAGGGAGUGGGUACGGUCAGAAUAAACUAUCAGUGAAUGAGCAAUCGUACGCUAGAAACGAGGAGGCUGAACUCGAUUCAAACAUCGAAAGCGCUGAAGCAUCAGGAGAUGAACUUGACGGUUCGGAUCAAAUAGGCAAACCAGAGUUCAAAAUUGACACUGAGGAAGGAUCAGGAGGCCAUGGGCUCGUAGUAGUAGACCACUCGGUGGGAGCCAAAAUGGCCGUGGAAACCGAAGAAGCAUCAGGAGAUGAACUUGAUGGUUCGGAUCAAAUAGGCAAACUAGAGUUCAAAAUUGACACUGAGGAAGGAUCAGGAGGCCAUGGGCUCGUAGUAGUAGAUCACUCGGUGGGAGCUAAAGUGGCUGUGGAAACCAAAGAAGCAUCGGGACAUGACUUCAGUGGUUCAGACACAUUACAAGUGAAACCUGCAAUGAAGGUUGAUGUUGACGAUGAGGUCUUAGAUGAGGGAUUCAUAACACUACCGAAAAAUGUGCCUGAAAUAAAGAAAACAGGUAUGAGAACCUUCGAGUAUCGUGCAGAAGUGGAAGGAGGAGUUUCAUGA